AUGUCCGAAUCACUCGUUCUGGAGUCCACGCCCGCAGAUGGCGUCCGGGUGCUCGCCUUCAACCGUCCGACGAAGCGCAACGCUCUCUCCCAGGACCUGAUUCGCGAGUUUCUCGACAAACUGUCUGUGGCUUCUGUGGACGCCAACAUAAAAACAAUUGUGAUCACGGGGAGUUCCUCCUUUUUCUGCGCUGGCGCCGACAUUAAAGAAAUCUCCGUCUUGGAUGCUGAAGCUGCUCGGCAAACUCGGUAUCUUGAGAACCUCUGUCAGGGGCUACAGAAUGUUCGCAAGCCCAUGAUCGCCGCUGUCGAGGGCAUGGCGCUCGGAGGAGGGUUCGAGGUCGCUCUCGCUUGUGACAUGAUAUACGCAUCCAACACCAGCAAGUUUGGGCUCCCUGAAGUCAGCAUCGGUCUGCUGCCUGGCGCCGGCGGAACGCAGAGGUUGACCAACGCCGUCGGAAAGUACAAGGCAAUGCACAUGAUUCUACUGGGAAGCCCCAGCUCAGCGCAAGAGGCCCGCGCGGCAGGUCUUGUAGCCGACACCUUUGAAGCGGGGACCGUGCUGGAUAAUGUGAUGCACGUGGCGGCCAGAUUGACUUCCAUGAGCCCAACGGCGCUUUCACUGGCGAAAGAGGCGAUAUGUCGAUCCGACAACCUUGGACGCGAUGACGAGUUUGAACGUAGUCUGUACUAUCAUGCGUUCGGCACGGCGGACAAGAGAGAAGGCGUGGGUGCUUUUCUAGAGAAGAGAGCGCCGAGUUGGGCGCGGUGA